UGCGCAUGCUUGGGCCGCCGGCUACCUCUUCUGCGAUUUUGCGUUUCCGCCUUUCCUUUUGUUUGUCUCAGGUUUUGCGUGGGAGGCGGUCCCGGGAUUUCAAGGGUCUGUGCGCUCUUCUAUGGCUAAUGCAACCGGAUGAGGAAGCGGGCUGUAUCUUCAGAGUUGUCUCCAUCUUUCCAAGAACAGAACAAAAUGAACAAGGUAGAACAGAAGUUCCAGGGAUCAGUAUCAUUUGAAGAUGUGACUGUGGGCUUCAGCCAGGAGGAGUGGCAGCACCUGGAUCUUAGUCAGAGGGCUCUGUAUAGAGAUGUGAUGCUGGAGAACUACAGCAACCUUGUCUCAGUGGGGUAUUGUGUUUACAAACCAGAGGUGAUCUUCAGGCUAGAACAAGGAGAAGAGCCAUGGAGACUGGAGGAAGAAUUCCCAAGCCAGAGCUUUCCAGAAGUCUGGACAGCUGAUCACCUGAAAGAGAGGAGCCAAGAAAACCUAUCUAAACAUUUGUGGGAAAUUGUAUUCAUCAAUGAUGAAAUGCUGACUAAGGAACAAGCUGUAUCUUCAGAGUUGUCUCCGUCUUUCCAAGAACAGAACAAAAUGAACAAGGUAGAACAGAAGUUCCAGGGGUCAAUAUCAUUUAAAGAUGUGACUGUGGGCUUCACCCAGGAGGAGUGGCAGCACCUGGAUCCUAGUCAGAGGGCUCUGUAUAGAGAUGUGAUGCUGGAGAACUACAGCAACCUUGUCUCAGUGGGGUAUUGUGUUCACAAACCAGAGGUGAUCUCCAGGCUGGAACAAGGAGAAGAGCCAUGGAGACUGGAGGAAGAAUUCCCAAGCCAGAGCUUUCCAGAAGUCUGGACAGCUGAUCACCUGAAAGAGAGGAGCCAAGAAAACCAAUCUAAACAUUUGUGGGAAGUUGUAUUCAUCAAUAAUGAAAUGCUGACUAAGGAACAAGGUGAUGUAAUAGGAAUACCAUUUAACAUGGACGUAAGCUCUUUUCCUUCCAGAAAAAUGUUCUGUCAGUAUGACUCAUGUGAAAUGAGUUUCAACACUGUUUCACAAUUGGUUAUCAGUAAGAUGAACUAUUUAGGAGAAAAGUCUGAUGAAUUUAAUGCCUGUGGGAAAUUGUUACUCAAUAUUAAGCAUGGUGAAACUCAUACUCGAGAGAAAAAUGAAGUUUUAAAAGAUAGGAACACUCUGAGUCGUCAUGAGGAUGCUUUGCAGCAUGAGAAGAUUCAAACUUUAGAGCACAAUUUUGAAUACAGUAUAUGUCAGGAAACCCUCCUUGAAAAGGCAGUAUUUAAUACACAGAAGAGAGAGAAUGCAGAAGAGAAUAACUGUGAAUAUAAUGAAUUUGGGAGAACUUUCUCUGAUAGUUCAUCCCUCUUGUUCCAUCAGAUACCUUCGUCAAAGGACAAUCACUAUGAAUUUAGUGAUUGUGAGAGGUUCUUAUGUGUUAAGUCUACCCUUUCUAAACAUCACGGGGUACCUAUGGAACACAAUGAAAGUGGGAAUAAUUUCAGGAGGAAAUUGUGUCGGUCACAGCUUCAGAAAGGUGAUAAAGGAGAGAAACACAUUGAAUGUAAUGAAUGUGGGAAAGUUUUCUGGGAGAAGUCACAUCUCACUCGACAUCAGAGGGUGCACACAGGAGAGAAACCCUUUCAAUGUAAUGAAUGUGGAAAAGCUUUCUGGGAUAAGUCAAACCUCACUAAACAUCAGAGAUCACACACAGGGGAGAAACCUUUUGAAUGCAAUGAAUGUGGGAAAGCCUUUAGCCAUAAGUCAGCUCUCACAUUACACCAGAGAACACAUACAGGGGAGAAACCCUAUCAGUGUAAUGCAUGUGGGAAAACUUUUUGCCAGAAAUCUGACCUCACUAAACAUCAGAGAACACACACAGGGCUGAAACCCUAUGAAUGUUAUAAAUGUGGAAAAUUCUUCCGUGUGACUUCGCACCUUAAAGUACACCAGAGAACUCACACAGGUGAGAAACCUUUUGAAUGUCUUGAGUGUGGGAAAUCCUUUUGUGAAAAGUCAAAUCUUACACAGCAUCAGAGAACUCACAUAGGAGAUAAAUCUUAUGAAUGUAAUGCAUGUGGGAAAACUUUCUACCACAAGUCAUUACUCACCAGGCAUCAGAUAGUUCAUACAGGGUGGAAACCUUAUGAAUGUUAUGAAUGUGGGAAAACCUUCUGCUUGAAGUCAGACCUAACAGUACAUCAGAGAAUGCACACAGGUGAGAAACCCUUUGCAUGUCCUGAAUGUGGGAAAUUCUUUAGCCAUAAGUCAACCCUCUCUCAACAUUAUAGAACACACACAGGGGAGAAACCCUAUGAAUGUCAUGAAUGUGGAAAAAUAUUUUACAAUAAGUCAUACCUAACUAAACAUAAUAGAACACAUACAGGGGAGAAACCCUAUGAAUGUAAUGAAUGUGGAAAAACCUUCUACCAAAAGUCACAACUCACUCAGCAUCAGAUAAUUCACAUAGGGGAGAAACCCUAUAAAUGUAAUGAGUGUGGAAAAGCUUUUUGCCAUAAGUCAGCUCUAAUUGUACAUCAGAGAACCCAUACACAAGAAAAGCCCUAUAAAUGUAACGAAUGUGGCAAAUCUUUCUGUGUGAAGUCAGGACUUACUUUUCAUGAGAGAAAGCACACAGGGGAGAAACCCUAUGAAUGCAGUGAAUGUGGGAAAUCCUUCAGUCACAAAUCAUCACUCACAGUACAUCACAGGGCUCACACAGGAGAGAAAUCUUGUCAAUGUAAUGAAUGUGGAAAAAUCUUUUACCGUAAAUCAGAACUUGCUAAACAUCAGAGAUCACAUACAGGGGAAAAGCCCUAUGAAUGUAACACAUGCAGGAAGACUUUCUCUCAAAAGUCAAAUCUCAUUGUACAUCAGAGAAGACACAUAGGAGAAAACCUUAUGAAUGAAAUGGAUAUUGGAAAUUUCCAGCCACAAAUCAGCCUCCAUAAUGCCUCAGAUGAUUCACACUGUGGAGAAAGCCCUGCUGACAUCCUGAAUGUUCAGUAACUAUCCACAAACUCACCUUAUGUUACUCCAAAGUAACAGUAGGGGAUAAACCCAUAGACUACAACAAUUAUAGGACAGCUUUUGUUAGGAAGUGAUAUUCUAUUUAAUAUCAGAUGGUUAAUACGGGCAUAAAACCUUACAGAUUUUUUUGAAUUUAUGAAAGUUUUUGGCAAAAAUACAAAUAAGAUUAUGUUAGAAUUUACACUGAGGAGAAAAUUGUCAAUUUAAGAAAUUUAAAGUGAAAAUUUUGCAUAGAAAUAAAAUAUGACAAGUUCUGUUUUGAGUUUGAUACAAUAAUAGUUUUUAGGGUACCUAACAAUAAUUUAUAGAUAGAUGUAUAUUGUGGAAUAUAAAGCUUUAAGAACUUAAAAAAAAAGUAAUAAUUAAAAUAACCUCACAAGAAGUUGUAAUGAGUACAGAGAAUUCCCAUGUACACUUCACCAAGCUUCCUCUAAGGAUAAUAUAUAAUUAUAAUAUAUGGUCAAGUCCAAGAAAUUGAUGUUACCUUGCUAGUAGAUACAGACUUACUCACAUUUUACUAUGGUUUGCGUGCACUGUGUGUGUGUGUUUAUAUCAAACUUUUACCACCUUUACAUUUGAGUAACCAUCAGCACAAUUAGUUUACAGAACUGAAAAGGAAUCAGGAUUUAGCCUCAAGUAGUUCCCUUGUAUUAAUAAUCACACCCUUUCUGCAACCCUACCCCUGGCAUCCACUUGAUUAUGAAGCUUUUUAUAAAGCAUCGAUAAAUUGAUUAAUAUCAAUUUAUUAAUGGGCAAUUAAUGGGCAAUAGCAUUAAGCAUAUCUGCGAGUUAUCCCUGAAGUUCAUAGGACUUACAAAUGUAUAAGUGGUAUGUGAUAUAAAUCGUGUGUUUUAUAUGCAUAAUGGAAUUUAAUGUAAUUGUGAAUAGGAAGUAGGUAUCCUAGUUUAGUAGUGGUUAUAUCAUCAGGCCCAUCCCAGAUGUUUGUCAUGUCCUGAAACAAUUUAAAAGGAGACCCACAGAGCUAAUGUUUAUCCAUUUAAAAGGAAAAAUCAAAAUAACAACUUAUCUAAAAAAAAAAAUCUAUCCUGUGCAUGUGAAGAUCUAGGCCUGCCUCCAUGUUACUCCCUUUCUCUUCGUACCAGUGACUCAUCCCAUGCCAUGAAGUGCCUAGGGUGCAUAUAUGAACACUUCAGCCUUCAACGUAAGUGAUACUCCAAAUUUUCUUUAAGCAGCUGCUCUCCAAGACAGGGCCCUGGAAAGAAGCCUACACAUAUAGCCCAGUUGCUGCCCAGGGCGGUUGAACUGUCAUUUCAAGGCUCAUUGUACCCAGACAGGGAUCUGAACCUUCAGAGACUUUUGCGAAUAUGAAGAGGAGGGUUGAGGCUGGAGCACAGCCAGAAUCAAGCUGGCAUGGGGCUGUUAUUGAAAGUGUGAAGAUUGUACAUUAUAUUACAUUAUCAGAUCAUACAAAUAAUCUAAGAUUAUACAGUCUGGUGAUCCUAGAUUACACAAGUAAUCUAAGCUUCCACUUUAGGAAACUAG